UUCAGUACGACUUCGUUCGUGCGGCGGGUAACUCGUGCGAAUGCGAAAAUAAAUAACAAAAGCCGCGGCAUUAUCAGUGAUCAAGAACUCAACGAUCGACGGAUUGACGAUCAACGAUCCCGAGCCCAAACCAAAGCGCGCGUAAAUAGAGAAAACACAAUUCAAGAGGAUUGAUAAAAAAAAAAGUAUACAUAAAACGAGUGACGGAAUAAAUGCGAGAGUGGAGGCGUUGUGUAAAAAUGAAAGAUUAAAAAGUUCAGAAAAAAGUGCUUACGCCGGUCGCAAAUCACAUAACCGUAACGGUAACAGUUUUGCCAGAAAAAAAAGAGUGCGGAAUAAAUUCACAAAAACGGUGCAACAAAUCCCAGCUAAAAAUAAUCCGCAGAGAGAUAAAAAAUCACUCUGACAUUUUUUUGUGGGUUUUCGCUUUUUUACAACAAACUCACGUGCCUAACGACACUUUGACAACACAGAUACAAGUCUGUUUGCGAAGCUGAGCACGUGACCACCAAUUAAUGAAUGAGACAGUACCAGAAGGGAGGGAUAGAUAGGAAGAGCGAUCAAGAGAGCAAGAUAAGUGAUAACGCCGCGAAGAUAGAAAUCCCGAAUCUUAUGCAAAUCGAGCGACAAAAAUGAAACGCAAAUAAUCAAGUUUAAAAGUCAAACGUCACAAACCAAAUUAAAUAAACAAUGCUUUAAAAGUUGUUUGUGGAAAAAGUUAAAAGCAAAGCUAUAAAAUACAAAUUUAACAGAAGGAAAUUAAUUAUAAGCGAAAUAUAGGCCAGAACUAAAAUGUAACUUAAAUUUUUGUAGUUCUAAGAAGUACAAACUAACAAAAUAAACACAAUUAAUUAAACAAUACAAUUUAAUCGCAGUAAACGUAAAAAUAACGCCUUACAACUUCUCUUACCGAGUGACAAAUAGGCAACAAUUAGUCAGUCUGUCUCAUUAUUAAGUGUGUUUAGCAACAAAAACAACGAGCAAUCAACGUCAAAAUAAUCAAAAAGCAGCCAGCAGUGCGAAAGAGACAUCCGCCGAUCGCCAGAAAGAGAGGGCAAAUCGAAUUGGUUGACGACCGCGGAGGUUUGACAAUAUGUUGAGCCCCCAUAAUGAAGGAAAUUGAUACGGAGACAACAGUAGUAUGGCCAGCCUGGUGUUAUUCCGGUAACGCACCCACCGACAUACUGCUGCAGAAGCCAGCCAAGGCCACCACCGCCAUUGUGGGCGGUCGCAGCGCAGCCCAACCGGCGACCCACGACGACCAGCAAGCGGCCACGACCGCCACAGCCACCAAGCGGAAGCACCUCGAGCGGCUGGCCAGCGAUCUGCGGCAGCUGGGCCAGAAGGGCAGGAGUAGCUCGGAGAGCCCCGUUUCAUCGUACCCCUCCAUUGCGGCCACUGCCAAAAUGCUAAGCGAGCGAUCGCUGCUGCUCAGCGGAUAUGGGGCCAUCGAGAGUAGCGCCAAGAAGCUGAGCGAAGCGGCCACCGGUGGGGCGGGUGGUGGGGUGGCGGUUAGUCAGGCCGCCACGCCCUCCCUGGGUGCUCCCGCCUCGGCAGCCUCCUCCUCCUCCUCCUCGUCCUCAUCCGCCUCCUCCGCUGCCAAUACCGCCUGCACCGCCAAUGCGAACACUGCAUCCGUGGCUGCUGCCUAUGCCGCUCUGUAUUUGGAGAAGGUCAAGCAUGAGAAGUUGUCGCCGCUGCAGAUGGACAAUCACAAGGAUGCGCCGAUGGUCACAAUUCACAACAACAACAACAAUAACACCAUUAACAACAACAAUAGCAGCAGUAGUAGUAGCAGCAUAAGCAACAACCAUCAAUCGAGUCAACAGCCACAUCAUAUGGGCCACAGCGUCAAGAGGGAGCGUCUCAGUCCAGGCAGCAACAGUAGCAGCCACAACGGCGAACUUACCGUCAGCUCAUUUGCCAGAUCUCGCAGCGCCACUCCCUCUUCGUCAUCAUAUCGUGGUGGCGGCGGUGGUGGUGUCUCACCCAGCCAGCAGCAACAACAGUCCCAGCAGCAACAGCAACAACGCCUAAGUCCGCCCAGUGGCCCAGCAACGGCAACAACAACAGCAGCAACAUCAUCAUCAACAGCAGCAGCAGCCACACACAUGCCGCUGCACAAUUUGUCAACGAAUUUGCUAAAUAGCAUUCAGCAGGCUGCUGCCAGUCAGCAACAUCGCAGCAGCAACAGCAACAGCCACAGCAGCAACACGGCCAAAAUAGAGGCUGCUGCGGCAUCGAAUGCCACGGAUUUCUCCACCCGCAACUAUUCGGACAUAAUGCGAUGCCUGGCGGCCAAGUACAACAAUACAAAUCCCAAUGACAACAAUGCAACACGACGCAAUUCCUACUACGACAGCAGCAACAGUGGCAGCUCUUCGGCGGCCACAGGCAGUGGGGGAGGUGCGGCAGGGGGAGGGGCAACCUCUGCCCCAAGUUCCGCCCUCAAGUCGGCCAGCAGCAGCAGCACCAGCAACAGUGGCACCACCACCUCGGCCACUGCCAAGAAGCUCUCACCAUCGGCCUCAUCGGCUGCGAAUGCUGCUGCCGUUAGUCUGCCCAAGGAGGCCAAAGUGAGUGGGGCCGGUGGUGCAGGUGUGGGUGGUGCAGCCUCCACUGGCGGUGGUUCCUCGCUGUCGCAACUGGCUCCGCCACCCGCCGCCCCAUCGCCCACGGAGCAGGCCAAGAGCCAAAUGGCCGCCGUGGUGGCUGCAGCGAGUGUCUCCCCGUUUAUGACCAACUUUCUGCCCUUCUCGUCCGGCAUUUUUCCGCCACUGAUAGACAUGAGCAGCACUCAGGCGCUACUGACGCUGGCGCGUGCUGUCAAAGAUGCCGAAAUCCAGGAGAUUCUGCGCAGCAAGCAGCAGCGCUCCGGUUCGAAUGCCUCGUCGCCAAGUGCGAGUGCGACGGGCACGCCACGAUCCAGUUCCACUCUGAAUGCCGCACUGCAUCAGGCAGCCCAAUUUGUUACACCCGCUCUGAUCUACUCGGCCCAACUGCAACAGCAACAGCAGCAACAGCAGCAGCAGCAACAACAGCAAAAUCAGCAACGACAGCAGCAACCGCAUCACGCUUCGCGGCAGUCUAGUCCACGUUCCACCAACGAUUCCUCGACGGUGGCGCCCAUUGCGUCGGCGGCGCCACUGGAUUUGAGCUCCCAGCCGCCGGCCGCCAAGCGUUUUAAGGCCGAGCGUCGGGCCAGCUCCACAGCCACCACAGCGACAACGGCGACCACUGGCUCAUCCGCAUCCACACCAUCCCCGCCACCGUUGGAGCAGCACGACGAGAUCAAUUCUGGCAACGCCAACGCGGCAAUGGGAACGGGAACGGGUGAGGGUACUGCAUCUGGAUCGGGAACGGCAUCGGGAUCAGGAGUUGGCAAGACCCGAAGACGAUGUCAGGCGCAAAGCGAGGAGGUUAACUCUUGGUCCGUCGACGAUGUGUGCGGCUUUGUGGGCGGCAUUGAUAUAUGCGCCGAAUACGUUCAGUCGUUUCGUGAUCAGUCCAUCGAUGGCACUGGCCUGCCGCUCUUAACCGAGGAUCAUUUGGUCAACUCGCUGGGCAUGAAGCUGGGGCCGGCUCUCAAGCUGCGCUCCAUAUUGGCGAAGAAAUUGGGCGGGCCGUGCCCGUGUGUUGCAUGCGUUGCGCAGGCGCAACAAAUGCUGGCACUGCAAACGGGUGGGGCAGCAUCAGCACCACCAGCAGCAACAACAACAGCAGCAGCAGCAGCAGCUGCUGCAACAACUAGUUGCAGCAUUAAGUCGGAGAUCUUUAAUGGCGGCAGCAACGGCAGCGGCAGCAGCAACAGCAACAGCAAUCAGGGCAGCGAUAUUGCAGCUACGUUAGCAACAGCCAGCUCGCCCAGCAGCAACAUGUUGCUGCCAGUGUUGCCGUGCAGCGGUCUGCACGAUGCCAGCUAGUUAUCUGCGCUCCACAUAUAUAUAUUUAUGCUAAAUGAAUUGCAUUUCAACUGCAAAAUUGCUGUACCAAAUGAGCUUUCAACAAAAAAAAAGAAAAAAACACACACACCCACACCAACACCAACACAGAAGCAAAUCAGAUUGGAGAGAAUACCCUAUUGUAUAAAUUAAACAAUAAAUAUGUAAUUUAAUGGCUAGCUAAAGUUGUAAACUUUAAGUGACAACAACAAUAAUCGCAAAGUCUUCCAUUUGCACACACACAAAUCAUAUUUGUAUAAUAUUAAUCAAUUAAUUAGUCAAUUUAUUGAGAGACAUUUCGUUUACGUACUUAAGUGCAAAGCGCAUUUUGCAUUGAUUUUAUUUAUUUCUAUGACUUUUUUCGUUUUUAACUGCUAGUCAGUAAAUAUAUAUUUAAUAGAAUUCCGCGAAAUGUGAAGCAAACUUAAAAAUUCAAUUUUAUUGUUUUGCAAAUUGAUGUAAAAGGCUAUUUAUUUUGUAUAACCUACGAUACAGCAGAAUUGUUGAACCCCACAAGGCUUUGUUCAAAUUUUUGAUUAAUUUAAGUUUACUUUUUCUGCGGCCAUGCACAGAGGAAUUCAAAAUUCAACUUUUAGAACUAUAUGCAUCCUUUUAAGAGCUCCAAGACUUGAAACACACACCACACAACACACAAAAAAAAAAAAGAAAACAACAAGAAACAA